AUCACACCCUGGGUUCUUCGCAUCCCCAAUGCCACCUCCGACAAACCUUGGGGUUUGGCCAGAAGCGAAUAGCAUAAACUGCCAACCUUGACUGUGGCUGUCGCCAGUGAUGAUCAUCGGGACACAUGUCUUGAUGGUCGCAAGGAGUCAUCUUGAACCGAACAAUCAACUGGGUUGCUGUUCAACUCCGAAUUCUCUGAGGGCGCCGGGUCGCCAGGCGCAAGUUUGCCUUUGCUCAAUCUAAAGGCGACUACUUUUCUAUCGUUCUACCGCUCUCGACGGCUGUCUUCGAGCAUGUGCCAGAAAAUCGCCCUCUACAUCAUUACUUGACUUGUAUCAUUCUACCAGGAAGCUCCUGGCCGCCGCUUCGAUCUUACUAUACAAACGGAUUUCUAUUUCGGCCUAGCGAUCAAAAGCCACCCAUCGUAUUACUCGAGCUCAAGAUGUCAUCACCCUCAUCGACAACUUCAUCUCCAAACCCUACCAACUCUGACCAUGGUGGAAACGACAAUGGCUCAAGUCCUACGAGUUCUCCUCUUUUGUUCUUCGUGGCUCUUGGAUUUGGGGUUGUGUUCACCAAUCUCUGGAUCAUCGUUGGGGUGAAAUACUGUUUUCGCUACAAUCAACGCAAUCGCCAGCUGCGCAAUGAAGAGACCGGUGAACCCAUAGAUUUGGUUGCCAUACCUAGGCCACACAGAAGAAGAAGAGAGAAAAAAUUAAUGACCAUGGAUGAAGUUAACGAUCGGUUUCCAUUAAUCAAGUAUAAAGCGUGGAGAUCUUCGCGCGCCAAUGAUGGCCUGCCAACAGCAGGCGGUAUAUCGCCAUGGAACAACACGCCUGAAAGCCUGAAGGAUGGUGAUGUUAAAUUGUCUGUCACUGCGGAGGUUCCGGACUCAACCCCUGCCCCGCAAGAGAAUCAUCCGGAUUUGUCCGUUUCGCAGCCUGCUCUUGCUGGGUUAGCGGAACUUAAACAGCCUCGCCAGGAAGAAAAGGCAGAGAGAGACCUGUCUUUCACUGAACAAGAGACCCCCAACCUCGGUACAGAGCCCAAUGUCGUCGACGGAAGGAAUCCAGGGUAUGAUCACACCUCGGAAUAUCGUGGCCAUGACAUCGAUAACCAAAUAUGCACUUCGGCGCCCGUCGAGCUUUUACCAGACCCCGGCGACUCAUGUGCAAUUUGUCUUGACGUGAUUGAGGAUGAUGAUGACAUACGUGGGCUGACGUGCGGACAUGCUUUUCACGCCUCUUGCGUUGAUCCGUGGUUGACUUGCAGGAAGGCCUGCUGCCCCUUAUGCAAAGCAGACUAUUAUAUUCCCAAAUCUCGCUCAGAUCCUACCGUACCGACAGCGAAUUCAGAGCGUGUAAGUCGCCGUACUGCUAGUCGGGCCCCGGUUAUUAACCCUCCGGAGGCUGUGUUUAUUGGAGGACGCAUGAGCGCGAGUCGGGGGGGGUUCUCAUUAACAAAUCGACAACAUUUACCAUCAAGAGCUAAUCAAUCCAAUUCAACAAUGCGUUCUUUUUGGCCUUGGCAGGGUUCACAUUCUCAGGUUGGCGGACUCCCUUCGGAAACAGCGUCAAACCAGCAGGAGCGGCGAAAUUGGAGACAACGCUUGAUUUCCCCUCGUUCGUUUCAAUUCCCUGCUUUCUCGAUGCCCUCUCGAAGAAAUGCUGUUCGAGAAGAUCGCACUCUGGGCGAACUAGAGUCAGGCUCCCCUAUAAAAAGAUUAUAA